GGUUCCCCGGGAGGGCACGAGGAUGAGCAUUGGCUGCGCGCGCCCUCGAUGCGCAUGCGCCUCUGCGGCUCCUCCCCCGGCGGGGGCCGGAGGAUGCGCGUGCAAAGUUAGGCUCAAAAAAAAAAAAAAAAAAAAGAGGUGUGUGCAGGGGGAGGGCCGGGGGUCGCGGGGGCGGGGUAGGCGUCGCUCAGCCGCUGCCUUCUCCCUCCCGCAGGAUCCAGCCUCAGGCUCCCCCGCCGAGUCCCGGGAUGCGCUAUAGGGGCCCCCCGGAAGACUGAGCGCCCCCUCUCCCGGGGGGCUGACCCCCGGCCCCUGGGGCUGACACCUGGCGUGGAGCCGAUGCAUCCCAGGUGAGCUGUGACCCCGCCCCCCCGCGGGCAUUCCUCCCUCCCUCCCCCCGGAUGCGGAGGGUCGGGCGCGGGCAACCCCAUGAGUCUUUGUCUGGGCUCCCACCCUGGGGCCCCUUCUCCGGGCUCUGGACGAUCCCGACACUGCGACCCUAGCUGGCCCUCACCUUUCCGAGGUGGACAAGGGGAACCUGGCACACCUGAUCUUAAAGUCGAUUCUUGUGCAUAGCUGGAUCACUGCUGGACAACUUUAAGGCUCACAGUUUCCUGUGUAACGUUCCUCCCUCGAUGUGAGUGAAGAGCACCGAUGGAGGCCCUGCAGGGCCGGCAGCCUGUGGGCUUAGCGAUGUCUGAUUCCAAUUGAGCCAUGUUAGGUGCUACACUGAAGGACCCCUCUUUGCUCUGGGGCAUCCUUCCCGAGGCCAACAGCGAUUCAGCUGACCACUGUUUGCCGCUCUUUCCUAGAAUGAAUGAAAUGAACCUGAGUCCUGUGGGGAUGGAGCAGCUGGCUUCAUCCUCUGUAAGCAAUGCCUUGCCAGUCUCAGGAAGUCACCUUGGCCUGGCUACCUCACCUACUCACAAUGCCAUCCCUGCCCCAGGCCUGCCAGUUGCGAUUCCAAACCUUGGGCCCUCCUUAAGCUCUCUGCCUUCUGCCUUGUCUCUAAUGCUCCCAAUGGGUAUUGGAGAUCGGGGAGUGAUGUGUGGGAUACCAGAGAGGAACUACCCUCUUCCACCUCCACCAUACCCGCACCUGGAAAGCAGCUACUUCAGGCACAUUCUACCUGGCAUCUUGUCUUAUUUGGCUGACAGACCUCCUCCUCAGUACAUCCACCCAAACUCCAUCAGUGUGGACAACAACCCUGCGCUGGCCGUCUCUAAUAACCCUUCUGCAUUAGACCCCUAUCAACCUGGUGGCAAUGUCGGGCUGGAGGCAGGCAUCGUCCCCAUGGACUCCCGUGCGGUCAGCGGCCACGGGACCCAGAACCUCCAUUCUGCCGACACCCAUGAGGUGGCCCUGGACACCGCCAUCACCAUGGAGAGCGUCUCCAGGGUGACCAGCCCCAUUUCUACUGACGGCAUGGCAGCCGAGGAGCUGACGAUGGAGGGGGUGGCAGGGGAGCACUCGCAGAUGCCAAAUGGGUCCAGAAGCCACGAACCUUUGUCCGUGGACUCGGUCGGUAACAAUCUGGCGGCAGACGCCGUGGGGCAUGGGGGAGUGCUCCCUCUGCACGGGAAUGGCUUGGAGCUCCCCGUGGUCAUGGAGACUGAUCACAUAGCCGGCCGAGUUGGCGGGAUGCCCGACAGCACCCUCAGUGACUCCAUGCACACUGUGGCCAUGAGCACCAACUCUGUCAGCGUGGCCCUCUCUACCUCACACAGCCUUGCCUCCCUCGAGUCUGUUUCCUUGCAUGAAGUGGGCCUCAGCCUCGAACCCGUGGCUGUGUCCUCCAUCACCCAGGAGGUCGCUAUGGGCUCUGGCCAUGUUGAUGUGGCUUCAGACAACCUCUCAUUCGUGCCACCGUCCCUGCAGAUGGAAGAUUCCAACUCCAACAAAGAGAAUAUGGCGACCUUGUUUACCAUCUGGUGCACACUUUGUGACCGAGCCUACCCCUCAGAUUGCCCUGACCAUGGGCCCGUGACUUUUGUUCCAGACAGCCCAAUUGAGAGUCGAGCCAGGCUGUCUCUCCCAAAACAGCUUGUCCUCCGUCAGUCUCUCAUGGGGGCAGAUGUGGGUGUGUGGACUGGAGAAACCAUUCCUGUGCGGACUUGCUUCGGGCCUCUCAUUGGCCAGCAGAGUCACUCAAUGGAAGUAGCGGAUUGGACAGACAAGGCAGCAAACCAUAUCUGGAAGAUGUAUCACAAUGGGGUCCUCGAGUUCUGUAUCAUUACAACAGACGAAAAUGAAUGUAAUUGGAUGAUGUUCGUGCGCAAAGCCAGAAACCGGGAAGAACAAAAUCUGGUCGCGUAUCCUCAUGAUGGAAAAAUCUACUUCUGCACCUCCCAGGAUAUCCCUCCAGAAAAUGAACUGCUUUUUUACUACAGCCGGGAUUAUGCCCAGCAGAUUGGUGUUCCUGAGCACCCCGACGUGCAUGUUUGUAACUGUGGCAAGGAGUGCAACUCCUACACGGAAUUCAAGGCCCACCUGAGCAGCCACAUCCACCACCAUCUCCCAAGCCAGAGCCACGGGGCCGGCCACGGGCCCAACCACAGCAAGGAGAGGAAGUGGAAGUGUUCCAUGUGUCCGCAGGCCUUCAUCUCGCCUUCCAAGCUCCACGUCCACUUCAUGGGCCACAUGGGGAUGAAGCCCCACAAGUGUGACUUCUGCAGCAAGGCUUUCAGCGACCCCAGCAACCUGCGCACCCACCUGAAGAUCCACACAGGUCAGAAGAACUACCGGUGUGUCCUGUGUGACAAGUCCUUUACCCAGAAGGCUCACCUGGAGUCGCACAUGGUCAUCCACACCGGGGAGAAGAACCUCAAGUGCGAUUACUGCGACAAGCUCUUCAUGCGGCGGCAGGACCUGAAGCAGCACGUGCUCACGCACACGCAAGAACGGCAGAUCAAGUGCCCCAAAUGCGAGAAGCUCUUCUUGAGGACAAACCACCUGAAGAAGCACCUCAACUCCCACGAAGGAAAGCGGGAUUAUGUCUGUGAGAAGUGCUCGAAGGCCUACCUGACCAAGUACCACCUCACGCGCCACCUGAAGAUCUGCAAAGGCCCCACCUCUGGCUCGUCGGCCCAGGAGGAAGACGACGACGACGACUCGGAGGAGGAGGAGCCGGGAGACUCUGUGGGGGCCGAGGAGUGUCGGCUGGGGGGCGCCGUGUACGCCGCCGCCGCCGCCACGGACGAUGGCCUCUCUACACACAAAUGAGGGCGGGCGGGCACGCGGAGAACUGGCUUGGAGGGAGACGAGGGAAAAUCCAGCCCCCCCACCACGUUUUUAUAUAUAAAUGCAGCUUCUUCUUUUUUGCCAGCCAGUGGCCAGCACAGACUUUGAAUGCGAAUGGGUAAAGCACUUAGAGAAACCUCUAUCCCUACCUAUUUCACAGCCAGGUGAAAUAGCCACCGCCACAGAGCAGUCAGCAGGGAGAGGGAGUUCCCUGUUCUAACUGACACUUGGGGGGAAGAGCCAGCCUCCGGGGUCUGUGUCUGAUCCACGGACAGAGGCGCAAAUCCCACUGAUGAUAGAUUAUGCCUGGACGGCUCCUUGCUUCUCCCCACCUAGGGCGGUGCCUGCCUUGCAGCCCCCCCGAGCACUGCCACAGAACCCCUCCCAAGGCUCCCCGACAGGAAGGCAAAAACAACCUUGUUGGGCCCAGACUCGCCUGUCCCUCCGUGCCACUGCCAGGGUCUGGGGGGCACUGGUACUGCUUCAGUUUUCAGCAGAAAUGCCAAAUGCCCAGAGAGGGCAUUGAUGAUGGUUCACGGGGGGAGGCGACGAGAGAGUCCAAGGACCCCCAGCUACCUAGAGGCGGAGGGACUGAGGCUAGGUAGCUGGGGGAGAGGCGAGUGCAUCUGUCUGGCAGCCUCUCCCUGGAAUGGGGGCCCAGGGCUCCAGGGCAGCACCGUCAGCAGAAAGCUGCAGGGUCCAGAGCAGUGAGCUGCUCGCCAGGAGCCACCCAGCCAAGGGCAGAGAGCUAUUGGGUGACUAGCAAGACCCUCAGGGUUUUUACAAACAUCAGAACAGCUUUGCCUUCCAAGUGCGGGUUCUGGAGGAACCCGGCGCCAGGGGAGCGUAUGAGAAAUCAGACGGUUUGGGCUGCCUGCAGGCCUCUUCAAGCCCCCCGUCCGGAUGGUGAGGUGUCCUGCAGAUGUCUGAAGUGUCCUUGGGCCUUUGGGGUUGAGGCAGACACAAGCUGACCCUUUCUGGUACAGAUUCCCAAUCUGGGCUGGGAGUGGAGGUGACGGGGAAGGUAUUGCUGCUAUUAUAUUUAUUGAAUGAAUAGGAAAAAAUUAAAAUCAAAAAUUUUUUUAAAGAAAA